AUGGACUCCACAUCGUCCAGCGAGGAGGGAAAACUGCAGAGGAUGAUGGCCUGGGCUGCUGGGGACAGCGCCCAUGCAGCCAUGAACGCCACAUGUCCCUGUGAGAAAACUCUGGCCCUGAAGAACGUGGAGACAGAGGAGCACUCGCCCCAGGGUGUGCAGCCCAUUUUGCACAAGGACACAGCCUCCAUGGUGACUAAAGGCUUUGACCACGAUGCAGAGGCCCUGAAGCUGCAGCUUCAGUGUGCUGCUCAGAGGGAGGCAGCCCUUCUUCUGUCUCAGGCCAUAGCUGAACGCAAGGCAAAACGUCUGAGUACAGAGCUUGACAACUUGAAAGGCGAAAAGACUGCAACAGCCGAGGUUGAAAAUCAAAAGCUUCAAGAGCAGCUCAAAAUGGUCAAUGGGAGAGCGGGCUCCUUUAAGAUUGAGGUAGAAGAGGUUCAAGCGCAGCUGGAGAGCUGCAGAUUCCACUGCAAGCAGAAGGAAAAGAAACUGACUGCGGCAAUGCAGGAAGUCCAACAACUGCAGGACGACAUGCAGGCAUUGGGUUUGCAGUAUGAGGAGGAUUGGGGCUCCAGGGUGCAAGAUGUGUCGGCACAGAUGGACGCGAUGAGAACGUUGCUUCUGUUGCUGUGUGACGAUGUUUUGGAGGCGUCAUGUCUUUCUGGCCUUGCCAACGUGCAGCAAACCUCCAGCAAAGACUGGAAACAGGUCAUUCAGGAGCUAAAAUCAUCCGAUCAGAAGGACCUGGACGAUUUCACAGAGGACAGGUCUCUGCGGUGUGAAGAAGCUGAGAGGAAGGCGUCACUAUAUGCGGUGCAGUUGGGUGACGCUGUCUUGGAACUGGAAAAAGCAAGAGGCGAGUGUGAAGCUAGAGGCCGUGAGCUGCAAUGCAAGGCCACAGAGCUGGCCACAUCCAAUGAGCGAGUGAGAGAAAUGGCAGCAGAAUUCGAUUCCCUGGACGCCCGAAAUUCGUCCCUGGAGGGGAGCAUUGCCGAUUUGGAGCAGCUCCUGAGCAAAGAAAGGCAGGAGGCCAGAGAAACAGAGUGUCUCUUCAGUGAAGCGAAAGGCAAAAUUGAGGCUCUGGAAUCCAGGCUGGUGGCCCUGGAGCAUGCCUUGGACUCCCAACAGCUGGAGGCCAAAACUGCGGCAGACUGUGUCCAGGCAAAAGAUGACAGGAUCAAGGAGAUGCGAGCAGCUCUCACCCUACUCACAGAGGACCAGGGUCGUUUGGAGCUGGAGUUGAGGCGACAGCUUGAUGCAACAAAGAGUGCUUUGGAACAAGCUGAGCAUCGCCAGGAAAAGGAUGCGCAGCAGCUUUGCAAGCUGUUCCAGGACUUGGAAAACUCCCAACACCGAAUCGAUGUGCUCAAUACCAAAGCCAGUGAAGCAGAGAGGGUGCAAAGACAGAGCGAGGAAAAGGCGGAGAAGCUGCAGAAUGUGCUUUGCAUGCUUUGCAACCAGGAGAGGACGCCAUUGCAGCGCUCUCAUCGAAGUCCAAGGAACAGUCUGCGAUUUUCUCCAUCGGCAGUUCAGACGAUCAUCUGUGCAGAAUUCAGAAGGGUCUGA